CAGGAGCCUGUUGCUGUUUGGAGAAGCACAACAGAUUAGGCAAGGCCUGCUCAGAGUUACAGUGGAGGUCUGAGGCCACAGUACAAACCCUUUCACCCAGUCACUGGCAAAUUGGAAGGUUGCGUAACACUUUGAUAGGACUUUGUUCUUGUCACGCGAACUUAUGUACUGUGCAUAAGACUGGCUAGGAAGAGCUUUGCAAAGAUCUUGCAGUGUGUGCUUGAGACUGAAACGGAGCAGCGUCAGUGAGAUGGGUCGGCGGAUAGCUGUGAUCGGGGCCGGAGUCUCGGGGCUCACCUGCAUUAAGAGCUGUUUGGACGAGGGACUGGAGCCAGUCUGCUUCGAACGCAGCAAGGACAUCGGGGGGCUCUGGAGGUUCAAGGAGACAGCAGAGGCUGAGCGAGCCAGUAUCUACCGCUCUGUCAUCAUCAACACCUCCAAAGAGAUGAUGUGCUACAGUGACUUCCCCAUUCCUGAUCACUUUCCCAACUACAUGCACAACUCCUGUCUUCUGGAAUACUUCCGCAUGUACGCCCAGCACUUUGAGCUCACGCGCCACAUUCGCUUCCAGACCGCAGUGCGCAGUGUGAAGAAGCGUCCGGAUUUCUCCCGCUCGGGACAGUGGGAGGUGGUGAGUGUGAGCAGUGCGGGACAGGAGCAAUCAGAAACCUUCGACGGGGUGAUGGUCUGCACUGGACACCACACCCACCCCCACAUGCCUCUGCACGACUUCCCAGGGAUCGAGAAGUUCGGAGGGCAGUAUUUCCACAGUCGGGAUUACAAGAGUCCCCAAGAAUUCCAGGGGAAGAGGGUCCUGGUGAUUGGGAUUGGGAAUUCGGGAGGUGACAUUGCUGUGGAGAUGAGCGGAGUCGCAGAGCAGGUGUUCUUGAGUACGAGGCGAGGCUCCUGGGUGCUGAAUCGUGUCUCAGAUAAUGGGUACCCUAUCGAUAUCAUGUACAGCACACGCAUCAUGGAACUACUGAAGAAAUACCUGCCUUACAGCCUCCUGAACUGGCUCGGGGAGAGGAAGCUCAACGCCCGCUUUGACCACAGCCUGUACGGACUCCAGCCCGAGCACAGGCUGUUCAGCCAGCAUCCCAUGAUGAACGACGAUCUCCCAAACCGCAUCCUGUCAGGGAGAGUUCUGGUCAAACCCAAUGUGCGUGAGUUCAGGAGUGCGAGCGUGGUGUUCCAGGACGGGAGCGUGGAGAGAAUCGACGUGGUGGUCUUCGCCACGGGAUACACCUUCUCCUUCCCCUUCCUCGACAACUCUGUCCUCGCCGUGGCCAACAACCAGGUGUCUCUGUACAAGUAUGUGUUCCCUACUGCCCUGGAGCGCCCCACACUGGCUGUCAUUGGACUCAUCCAGCCUCUAGGAGCCAUCAUGCCUGUCUCGGAGCUGCAGGCGCGGUGGGCAACGCGGGUUUUUGCAGAAUUACAAAAACUGCCACCGGAGAAAUCUAUGCUGAAGGACAUUGAGAAGAAGAAAAAAGCGAUGACCAAAAGGUAUGUGCUGUCUCAGCGCCACACCAUCCAGGUGGACUAUAUCCCCUACAUGGAUGAGCUGGCUGCACAGCUGGGCGUGCGCCCCAGGCUAGGCUGGCUUCUGCUCAGCGACCCGAGGCUGGGUCUCCAGUUGCUGUUCGGACCCUGCACCCCAUACCAGUACCGCCUCUGUGGGCCAGGGCAGUGGGCAGGGGCUCGCCAUGCUAUCCUCACGCAGUGGGACCGCGUCGUCAAGCCACUGAGAACACGGGUGCUCCCAGAAACACCCCGCCCAUCCGUGGUGCCUCUGCUGCUCAAACUGUCUGCUGCCUGCCUGCUCUGCACUGCAGCUUCCCUUUACAUCCACCGCUACCCUCCCCCCUUUAUCCAGAACCCUCCCCCCUUUAUCCAGAGAUUUGUACCCAACUUGGGUUGACCAGAUGUCCCGGUUUUACAGGGAUCAUCCCAUUUUCCCAUCAAAUGUCCCGAUGACCUGAGAUUUUUCCCCAAACCUUAAAAGUCUCAGUUUGCAAAGGAGCCAGAUAGCAUUCCUUGCGUUAAUUAUAUAAAUAAUCAGCAAUCAUAUUAAUGGUUCAUGAAUACUAUUUUUAAUAUAUGUUAGUAUACUAAAUUCAAAAUGUAGAAAAGCAGUGGUAAAAACAGCAAUACAUUGUUUUUUUUUUUUAGUUUAAUGUGAAAACAGUAAUGGUGAUAAAAAGCACUAUAUUCAAAUAAGAAGCAUGUUUUAAAAAAGUGUUUUUUUAUAACUAUUGUUAAUGUAUAUGCCCCAGUCCUGAGCUCUGGAAAUCUGGGGACUCUCACUCAGCUAGGCAGAAAAUACAAUUCAAAACUUUCCAUUGUCUGCUUCAGUUAGCAUCCCUGUUACUUCACCCUGACCCAGGACUUUGGUCAUCAUCAGCUGAAUUUUGAAUUAACAAAGAGAAAACAAGAAAACAUGUUGUAAAAGGCGUCACAUUUUGUAAUUGGUGUUUGGUUAUAACUGUGAAUAAAUGAUUAUAUUUAACCUCA